AUGGUGCUUUUCCUUCGGCCGGUCCUUCUCCUGAGUGUGCUGCUAGUAUUUUGGACACCCUGUCAUGCUGGCAUAUUCCAGAACGGAAGCAGGAGCAGCAGCACCAGCACCAGCAGCGAGACCUCAGCAGAAACUAGCACUAGCAAUGCCACCACCAUGAAUACUCUAGCAGUGGUCACUUGGAAAUGGCAUCAUGUGGAGGUGCCGUACUUGGUGGCACUGUGGGUCCUCGUCUGCUGGCUGUGCAAACUAGUGGCCCAGCUGAACACCCGACUUAAAAGCUUCUUCCCUGAGAGUGGUCUGCUCAUCUUCUGUGGUUUCAUCCUGGGAGGUAUUGUCUGGGGUGCUGACAAGCGGCAGACCUUCUCGCUCACCCCGAGAAACUUCUUCUACUUCUUACUUCCACAAAUCAUCUUGGAUACGGGCUACUUCAUGCCCAACAAGCUUUUCUUUAGCAACCUGGGUGCCAUCCUGGUCCACGCCGUUAUCGGGACGGUCUGGAACGCGGGCGCGGUGGGCGUCUCCCUCUGGGGCUGCUGGUUAGGAGGAGCUAUGGGUGACCUGCAUAUCGGACUGUUACAGUUUCUGUUGUUUGGCAGUCUGCUGGCCGCUGUCGAUCCCGUGGCUGUGAUCGCUGUGUUUGAGGAGGUGCAUGUGAACGAGGUGCUGUUCAUCUGGGUGUUUGGAGAGUCACUGCUCAAUGAUGGAGUCACAGUGGUGCUGUACAAUGUAUUUGAUGCCUUUGUGACUCUGGGAGGGCCAAGGAUCAAUGCAGCAGAAAUCAUCAAGGGCAUAGUCUCCUUCUUCAUAGUGUCCUUUGGAGGUUCAUUAAUAGGUGUUAUAUUUGCCAUCAUAAUCUCCCUGUUGACCAAGUACACUGGGAAAGUCCAAAUCAUAGAGGCUGGGUUCAUCUUCGUGCUGGGUUAUCUGUCUUACCUUACGGCUGAAAUGCUCUCACUCUCCUCCAUCCUCUCCAUCACUUUCUGUGGGGUCUGUUGUCAGAAAUAUGUGAACGCUAACAUGGAUGAGAAAUCUGUUACCACUGUAAGAUACGCUAUGAAAGUGUUCGCAAACGGCUCAGAGACCAUGAUAUUUGUUUUCUUGGGAGUCACAGCCAUUGAUAACGUCAUCUGGGUUUGGAACACCGGCUUUAUCUUCCUCACGCUACUCUUCGCCAUAGUCUACAGGUUUAUCGGCGUCUUCUCCCUGACGUGGUUCCUAAACCGGUACAGACUGGUUCCAGUAGAGAUUAUCGAUCAGUUAGUGAUGAGCUACGGUGGCCUGAGAGGGGCAGUGGCAUACGGUUUGGCAGCAUCAUUAGAUGAAAAGAAAAUUCCGGAAAAGAACCUGAUCAUCAGCACAACACUUAUCGUGGUUUACUUCACUGUCAUACUUCAGGGUCUCACUAUGAAGCCUAUUGUACAGUGGCUAAAAGUGAAGAGAGUUCAAUCCACUGAACUCAAACUGAUUGAGAAAGUGAAUAACAGGGCAUGCGAGCACGUUCUGACAGCGAUGGAGGACGUCUGUGGACAAAUCGGGGACAACUGGUGGACCAGAGGCUGGAAGCGUUUUGAGGAAAAGUACAUCAGCUGGUUCUUGAUGAAGCCAGAAGCCAGGAGGAAUCAAGACUACCUUUUCAGCAUCUUUCACAAACUUAAUCUGGAGGAUGCUGUAAAUUAUGUUACUGAGGGAGAAAAACAAGGAUCUUUAGCCUUUCUGAGAAACAGUGAGGGAACUAAUGUGGACUUUGAGAAGAAGUUUGGUUUGAUGCCUGACAUCACAUCCGAGCUUGAAUUUGGCAUCGACAACCUGCCAAUGACCUCAGUCAUACGAGACAGUGUACCUUCAGUAUCUCUCAACAUCCACAAUCAAGACAUGAACGCUGCUAACGAAGACUUUAACGCCCACCACCUGCUGCAGCAACAUCUGUACAAGAGCAGGAAGAAUCACCGUCAUAGGUACAGCCGCACAGACUUCACCAUUAACCAGAGCGAGGAUGAGGUGCAGGAGAUUUUCCAGAGGACCAUGAGAAGCCGUCUGGAGUCCUUCAAAUCCGCCAAGAUGGGUGUGGCUCCUGGCAAGAAAAUCAACAAGCAUCCCAAGAAAGAGCCAGUCCAAAAAGUGCCCAAUGGAAAGACUACAGAUGAAAGCAAAGGUUACCCAUACGGAGAUGAAGAUUUCGAGUUCUCAGAAGCAGACAGCACCUACAGCGGGGACUACAGGGGUGCAGGUGGCAGUUCUACUCCGACCGAAGGUAAACCAGGUAUAGAUAAUCCAGCAUUCAUGCCAGAGAUGGACAUCCCUCCUCCUCCGUGGUUGACCGAGUCGGGGAACGAUGCCAGCGUGGCACCUUCCCAAAGAGCACAGCGCCAUCUGCCCUGGAGUCCCAACAACCUCCGCCGACUGGCGCCUUUAAGGAGCAGUAACCGCUCAGCAGACUCCUUCGUAAUGGCAGAUGCUCCGUCCACCGAAGAGUCACCCGAAGAACCACCGGAAGAACCACCCCGAGGGGACGAAACACACAUGUAGUGUUCGCAUUCUCAUUAAACAGCAGCUAGGCUGAAAGUGGCAUGAGGUAUGCCGAUAGUCGGAUUACAUCCUAGUGUUAGGUUA